GUGCGGGGGGAGGAGGGUGCGCCAUUUUGAAAGUGGAAGGAGAGGGGAGGAAGCAGAGAGAGAGGCAGCGGAGCCUCACAAUCCACCUCCAUCCUCACUGUGUGCCGGCGAUCAGCACACACAGCCCGGCCAAGCUAGAGCCCGCAGACACGCAGUCAGCUCCAGGGACAGCCGCAAGCGCGUCAUGGCAGGAGCCGGAGGCGGGGGCAAUGAUGUGCAGUGGUGCUUCUCUCAGGUGAAGGGGGCCAUCGACGAUGACGUUGCUGAAGCUGAUAUUAUUUCGACUGUGGAGUUCAAUCACUCUGGAGAGCUGCUGGCGACGGGCGACAAGGGAGGCAGAGUCGUCAUCUUCCAGCAGGAGCCAGAGGUCAGAAACAAUAAGAGCCAGUUGCAGUGCCGAGGCGAGUACAACGUUUACAGCACCUUCCAGAGUCACGAGCCGGAGUUCGACUACCUGAAGAGCUUGGAGAUUGAGGAGAAGAUCAACAAGAUCCGCUGGCUGCCCCAGAAGAAUGCAGCGCAGUUCCUGUUGUCCACAAACGAUAAAACUAUAAAGCUGUGGAAGAUCAGUGAACGAGACAAGAGACCAGAGGGGUACAACCUAAAAGAGGAGGAUGGGAGGUACAGGGACCCCUCCACAGUCACAACACUACGGGUGCCGGUGUUCCGGCCCAUGGACCUCAUGGUGGAGGCGAGUCCACGCAGGGUGUUUGCGAACGCACACACCUACCACAUCAACUCCAUCUCGGUCAACAGCGACUACGAGACCUACCUGUCUGCGGACGACCUGCGCGUCAACCUGUGGCACCUGGAGAUCACCGACCGAAGCUUCAAUAUUGUCGAUAUCAAGCCGGCCAACAUGGAGGAGCUGACGGAGGUGAUCACGGCCGCAGAGUUUCACCCCAACCAGUGCAACACCUUCGUCUACAGCAGCAGCAAGGGCACCAUCAGGCUCUGCGACAUGAGAGAGUCUGCACUGUGCGACAAGCACUCCAAACUGUUCGAGGAGCCGGAGGAUCCCAGCAACAGGUCGUUCUUCUCCGAAAUCAUCUCCUCCAUUUCGGACGUCAAGUUCAGCCACAACGGGCGCUACAUGAUGACCAGGGACUACCUGUCCGUCAAGAUCUGGGACCUAAACAUGGAGUCGAGACCGGUGGAGACGUACCAGGUUCAUGAGUAUCUCAGGAGUAAGCUGUGUUCUCUCUACGAGAACGACUGUAUUUUCGACAAGUUUGAGUGCUGCUGGAACGGGAGUGACAGCGUGGUGAUGACUGGCUCCUACAACAACUUCUUCCGGAUGUUCGACCGCGGGCAGAAGAAGGACGUGACCCUGGAAGCGUCGCGGGAGAGCAGCAAGCCGCGCGCCGUGCUGAAGCCGCGCAAGGUGUGUGCUGGGGGCAAGAGGAAGAAGGACGAGAUCAGCGUGGACAGCCUGGACUUUAACAAGAAGAUCCUGCACACCGCCUGGCACCCCCAGGAGAAUAUCAUCGCGGUGGCCACCACCAACAACCUGUACAUAUUCCAGGACAAACUGAACUGACCCCGGCCCGAGUGGGUGGGAGGGAGGGAGGGAGGGAAGGGGGGUACAAACGAGAGCCCACUUUCUGUAUUGUGAAUCUAGUGGAACUGUAGCCUUUGUGGGGAGGGAUGUUUCCAUGCAGCUAGCUCUUGGUAUUUUCAUUUUGUGCCAUUUUUCAUUUCUGCUCAUUUUUUUUAUGGUUAUUAAUUUUGACAUGUGGAUGGUUUUUUUUUGCGCCUCAC